AUGCCCAGGAGCCUGGCGUGCCUUGGCCUGACAGGCGUCAACUGUUUUUUUUCUGACGGGACCCGUCCGUUUUCACGAUCUUCUACCCUUUGUGCAGCCCCUGAGGCGGAUUGUGGCGGUGGCUGUCAGAUUCAUGUGUCGUUUUUCAUGAUGCUGUCUCACUCCCAGGCAUAUCGUGAAUUCGGCUUAACAACGCAAGAACACCGCUUUUUCUCGUUCAAUUUGGAUACCCUCAAAAUAGUUUUGACCUUAGCGCAGUUUGGGGGUAUCCAAAUCGAACGAGAAAAAGCGGUAGAAUACCUCGCCUCCUUGGGUUGA